CGCUUCUGCUACGGCACGUUAUCAAAAUGAUACGAUUUCUCGCUUUUCCAAAGUCCCUUCUCUUGCCAUGGCUCUCGGAUUGCUGUCAAGUAUGGUUAGGCGCAAUCUGGCGUGCGCGGUGUUGCCCGUGGUUUGUACAGAUAAAUACUAUCCACGCCUGUGCUGUCGACGUUUUGGUAAUGUUUUCAUCCCACCAUGGCUUGCUACGGCAAAUGGUGCCUGGUGGCUUGCGGGGUUUUCUGUUGUGAAUCUCUCAUACUUAAGUCUAACACUGCUCUUUCUAUUGCCAAAUAACCAGCUUUCGUAACAUGGUUAUCAUGGAAGCUCAACAUCACCAUCCACCGAAUCUUGACCACGUAGUGGUGCGCGUGCGCCAUGGAAACCGAUCGGUCGACUUCACGCUGAACUCCUUCGUGAAUGACGCCGGGAACGCUGCUGCCAUCCGAGUCUCGAGCCACUACGAUUAUAAAGGAAUCAGGGAGUUUUUACGGGCCAGCAUCCGCCUACCAUCGACCGAGCCUCUCGUAUUCAGCCAAGAUUGGAACGUGUGUUCCAAGCACGACCUGGAGCUAUUGAUCAUUAGCAUCCAGACGGGCACCACGAUACUGCCGUCUCUGGACAGACCCUUGGCGCCAGUACCGGGACUUCUGCUGCGAUCAGGAUCCUCCGUUAGCACCAGCCGUGCUUCUCAAGUAGGUAAAAUGCACCCUACCGUAUGGAUCCCGAAGAAGAAGAGGCAGACAGCGACAUUAACGACGCAACACCACCGCGAACCCUCGCGGACCCCGCAUCGAAAGCCGAUACGAGACACGGAGACAUUGGCCCAAGCGAUGCACUAGGCCUCACUGACAACGCAUCCCACCCUACCACUCCUGCAUCAGCCGCUGACAGUACCAAUUUGCAUGGUAGAAAGCGGAGACAUUCCACGAACGACACGCAGUCCCCCAACAGCAAGCGUUCCCGCAGGGAAAUUAUUGAGAUUUCUGAUGAUGAUAAG